CGAGAUGGCGGCCGGGCCUCGGCGUCGGCUGCCCGGACUAAACAUGGCCGCGGGCCCGGCCCUUGGACUACAAGUCCCAGGAGCGAGCGGGAGGGCGCGGCGGCCGCUGCCCGUGCGGGUAUGAGGCGGCAGCGGGGCGGCCGGAGCGCGGCGGCCGGAGCUGGCGGUGCCCUGGGCUGACCCCCUCGGGGGGCGCCGGGGCUGCGCGGGGCCGGUAGCGGGGCCCGGGCCCGCCGGGAGAGAAAGAGUAUCUUGGGGAAGUCCUGACCAGGAUGACUUGGCCUCCACAGCUUUCUACAGGCGGAUGUACUUGUCUGCCAGUAAUGAAACUUGUGCUUUUUUGGUAGACACUCCAUGCUGCCCCGCCAUGUGCAGAGGCUGGGCAGAGACUGGAUCACCCACUGGAAUGGCUCCCAGAUACUCACCUUCAACAGCCCAGUUUCCAGCAGUAUGAGAUGGGCUGGACACUAUCCUCCAUGGGCCUCGUUUCCACUCCCUAUUUCAGCUGAUUUUUCAGCUAACUGGAGAUUCCCUCCAUUUUUUGGACCUUGGAGACAAUUUCAGAGCUCCAGUUGGCACCUUGAUAACUACACGCAAAGUUGUUGCUUUCACCUACCCAGCCCCAGUAUGAAAUCUGAGGGAGAAGAACCAUUGACAAAGAAGAGAAGACUCAGUGCCCAGGAUGAUACUUCAGGUCCUGAACAAGAAACAAACUUGUCUAAUCAGAAGGAGGUAUCUUGUCUUUCUGUAGCACAGAAUGAAGAAAUACAUGGCAGCAAGAAAGGAACCAUCAAAAGACACUGGGAAUAUUUCUGUCAGCAGAGUAAAACAAUGAAAAUCGCUAAAAAUAAAGGAUCUGACCAAACCAGUAUAGGAAGCGAGGCAACAUUUGAUUUUACAGUCAUGUCCUACAAUAUUCUCUCACAGAAUUUGCUGGAAGACAACUGUCACCUGUACAAACACUGCAGGCAGCGAUUGCUAUUCUGGACCUACAGAUUUCCCAAUAUCCUACAAGAAAUCAAAGAGCUGGAUGCAGAUGUGCUCUGCUUACAAGAAGUCCAAGAAGACCACUAUAGAACAGAGAUCAAGUCAAGUUUGGAAUCCCUGGGAUAUCACUGUGAGUAUAAAAUGAGGACAGGCAGAAAACCUGAUGGCUGUGCCAUUUGUUUCAAAACUUCCAAAUUUAGCCUGAUUUCCUCAAACCCUGUGGAAUUUUUUCGCCGUGAUAUCCCACUCUUGGACAGGGACAACGUUGGACUGGUGUUACUGCUGCAGCCGAGAUUUCACUGUAAAGCCAAUGCUGCCAUCUGUAUUGCCAAUACACACCUGCUGUACAACCCAAGGAGAGGGGACAUCAAACUGACCCAGCUUGCAAUGCUCCUGGCAGAGAUUGCCAGUGUUGCCUCUCAGAAGGAUGGCUCCUUCUGCCCAAUUAUUAUCUGUGGGGACUUCAAUUCUGUUCCUGGCUCUCCACUGUACAAAUUUAUAAAGGAAGGAAAGUUAAAUUAUGAAGGACUUGCUAUAGGGAAGGUCUCUGGACAAGAACAGUUUCCAAGGGGACAGAGAAUCUUAUCUAUUCCAAUUUGGCCAAAAAAAUUAGGUAUUUCACAAAACUGUGUAUAUGAAGUAAAACAGCAACAAAAGGAAGAAAGUGCAGGAGAAAAAUUGGAAGCAGCAAAACCAGACAACACUCAGGAGAUUGUAAUAGCAUCUGAAAAGUUGUCUUCAAAAUUGCAGCACCAUUUUAAAUUGUCUUCAGUCUAUUCUCAUUACUUCCCUGAAACUGGGAUACCAGAAGUGACAACUUGUCAUUCCCGAAGUGCUGUCACCGUGGAUUAUAUUUUCUAUUCUGCAGCAAAUGAAAAUACUGCUACCCAUACUUACCAGCCAGGAGCAGAGGAUUCUUUUUGUGGAGGUCUGAAACUUCUUGGCAGGCUGGCACUUCUAACAGAGAAAGAUCUUUGGACUGUUAAUGGUCUUCCCAAUGAAAAGAACUCUUCUGACCACCUGCCACUGCUAGCAGAGUUCAGGCUUAUUGAACGGUAAUAUCCAAAGGACUUUUGGUGUAGGUAAAGUUCCCUUUACUUUCUGUCUUCAUGGGAUGAUUAUUAUUAUUUUUUCAAAAGGGUAAUUGAAGCACUGCUGGUCCGGUUUAAAUAAGUUUGCCUGCAUGCUGAUUUGUUAGUGUUAAGUAGAACUUUCUAAUGGGACUCUGUUUUUUUUAAAAAAAAACAAACCAAAAACCUGUUUAAUUUACGUUAUGAAGUCUUUUAGGGAGAAAAAGAGAAGAUUUUACAUUAGCUGCCUCUUUGAUAAAGGAAAACAUCUGUGCCAGACUCAAAAUGGCAUUGUUUUUCAUGGAUAUGCUGUAAUUUUUUUUUAUUGUAAAUCACAGUAAAAAGGACUAUUCUGAGAACUGUGUGUUUCUUCAAGCAAAAGGGAAUGUGUUUGUGUGCCUGCAGCAUUUUAUAAUGAGUUGAAAAUAAUGUUUUACUACAAAUGUGCUCUGUGGACACUUCAUCUUUACACUUCUUCAAAGGAAUUUACUCAGUCUUCUUGGUGCAGAGGCCACAAGAUUGAACUUUCAAAGGAAGAAAGGCAUAUAGGCAAAUAUUUGUGCUUUAAGAAUUUGCUGCUUAAAAUUGUAAGGGCUUAAACAGAGGUAGCAUUCACUGAAGUAUUUUUUAAAAUAUCUGAAAUAAAGCUAAGCUUCAUGAACACA